GCCUAUGGCCGCCCUAUAGGACACUCGCACCGGUAGUUCACUCUGGAUUAAUAUGGCUAACCUUUACGUUCUAUUCGCGUUCACCGCCCUCGCCGCCCUGGCAAGCGCCGCCCCCGCGGACCAGCCCGCCCCCGCUAGCCCCGCUGCCGCCCCCGAGGAAAAACAAGACCUUCAGACGAGCAACACGUACGGUCUGGGCUAUGGUCUGGGCUACGGGGGUAUUGGUGGUUAUGGAGGAUACGGUCACCUGGGCUAUGGAGCUCCUAAGAUCAUCGCUCCAGUCGCUGCUCCUAUUGGACUGGGCUAUGGGGGUUAUGGGGGUAUCGGCCAUCUUGGCUACGGAAGCUAUGGAGGAUACGGUAAAGGCUACGUGGUUCCUUCCUACGGUCACAACCUAGCCUACGGUUACGGAGGUCUUGGUUAUGGAGGUCUCGGCUACGGUGGACUUGGCUAUGGAGGAGUCGGCUACGGUCAUGGCAUAGGACACGGACUACCUUACUACGGUUAAACAAUUUUAAACUAUCCAUAUUAAGACAAUUCACCUUGUACAUAUUUUUUACAAAUAUAUUUUGUAUUUAUUUGUA